CUUUGUCUUGCCUCUUCUUGAAAACAUGUACACGUAUUUAAUUAUAAAUGCAUAUAUAAAGAUCCUACCGACGAAAAAAUAAAAAGAUUGAAAACAUGACAUCUGCUUAUCGUCCAAGAGUUAUUGUGAAUGGAACAAGAAGAACAAGAACGUUCCAUUACUUCUAUUGUCGCCAUUGUAGCCGUACCAUUAGGCUAAGAAGCUUUGGUCUAUAUGGUCCCAUAUGUCCUUUCUGUUCUAGAGAGAUCAAUCUUCACGAUGAGCUUGACAUUAUGAGGCCAAGCCGACCUUAUUGGGAUAGUGAUACCGAUUGGAUCACUCUCCAUCUUAUCAACGAACCAAGAAGUAACCGGUUCAAUCAUGAUGAUCUAGUUUAUAAUACUGACGAGGAAUUCGCUGAUGUCAUGCCUAGUGUACAAAUCGGUCCACCACCAGCCUCGCAAUCCGCCAUCGAGGCUGUAAGGACGGUGAUAAUCACGGAUGAAGAUUUGGUGAAAGAGAAGGUUUGUGCGAUAUGCAAGGAGGAAUUUGAAGUUGGAGAGGAAGGAAAAGAAUUGAAAUGCUUGCAUUUGUACCAUUCAAGCUGCAUUGUGUCUUGGUUGAACAUUCACAACACUUGUCCCAUUUGUCGUUUUGAGGUUAACUUAGGUGUUUCCGAGAGUAACGUAGACGAAGGAGGGUCUUACAACAUCGACAAUGAUCGAUCAAAUCGGUUUCGGACUCGGGUUUGUUCUUUGUGGCCUCUCCGAAUGAUGAUUGAUUGGGUACAUAAUCUCAUAGAUAUAAGAAUAACAAACUCUUGACAAAAAAAAAUUAAAGAAUUGCAAACAAGAAUGUAUGAAACUAGGAAUAUUAUUGACUACAUAUUAAGUGUAUUAUGACUUAUGAGAGAGAGGAGAAGAAACACACAUCAAUAAGAAACGACAAAAAAAAACUACAUAAAGAGACAAAGAGGGUGAUCAUGAAAGGCUAGAAGCGUGUUUAUUUCAUGAAACAAAACUUUGGCAUUAACAAGACUAUAUUUGCAUUAAUUAUCUUUUAUUCAUUUGUAAGUUGUAACAACAUGUAAAUAAAAAAUCUUGGUAAUAAGGUUAGUCCUCUACUCUACUAGCUAGGGUUCCAUGAUCUCUCAUAGUCUCUGAAAACGCUUUGUCUCCCUUUCUUUGUUUCUUUCUCUCUCGUGAUCAUCGAACACAAUUUACUUAGGUAUGGUUUGAAUAGCCUCACCAACCCUUUUUAUUUGCCGGUUAUCUUAUUUUUGGCCUGAUUUUGUAA